UAGCUUUGGCGCCUCUGCCCGCCCUGAGAUUUCCUCCAGCACGGUCCCCACCAGACGGCUGGCUGGGGCGGGAGGCAGGAGCUAGGGGCUGGCUUGUCCAGGGACCGUCUCCUCGCCCUGGUCCAGGCACUCCGAGCUUCCCGGGCUGGUGCCACGUGCUUGCUGCUGAAUCGCAGGCGUCUGGCGGGGUCGGGCAUAAAGGGCCUCUCACCCUGGCCUCCAGGGGCUGCCUGGGCCCGGUCACGUGGGCAGGAGUCCAGCCAGCAGGACAGCGGGGUCUCUGAGGGGUGGGCGACCAGCCCGGUCACAGGGCACGGUCCUGGGGCACAGUGGAGUGUCCCAUCAGUGUCCGCGGAGAGCGGCGGGCAGGGGCUGGCCACGGAGGAUGGGCAGCGGGAAGGGUGGUUCUUCCGGGCGUCCCUCUGCCUGGACGGUGACAAGUGAUGUCAGAGGACCCGCCAGGCGGAGCGGGGAGGACAGAGGUGGGACAGCAGAUGUGUGUUUGGGGAGGGAGUUCAACCUCAUUAGCACUCAAGGAAAUGCAGGUGCGUUUUAACCGGUGGUGGGAGGAGUGAGGGUGGGUCCCCCUGUGCCAGCGGUGAAACAGAGGCCCCAGUCCAGCUGCCUCAGAGCAUAGGUAGGAACUCAGCAGUUCCCUCGCCAAAGUCUAACCGAUGCACAAGGACAGAAGUGAGGCCCAAGGUCUGGGUGUGAGGAGGCGGGAGCAAGAGAUUGGAAAGAGCCCCAAAGGCCGGCCGUGGUGAAACGGUGAAAGACGUUACAGCAAACCCACCAGACGAGAGCCGGAUUCCGGGCGUCCUGGGGAGCCGCUCCUUAGAACCUGCAAGGGAAGCCAGGAGGGCACGUGCUGGACAGGCUUCUCCGCUGCGCUUCUGUGCCCGUUUGCAGCGGCCCGCGGUGAAACGGCUGCAGUGUGUUUUAAAUGCCGGGAGGGACACGCGGCAGACGCAGGGCCUGGAGCACCUGGGGAGAGCACUGGGGGCCAGGUCACUCCACCCCGUCCUGUGAGUGUCCACCGCAGCUCCUGUCCGCAAAACGGGCUUAUUUACAUAACAAUGGAUUGAAAGGGUCAGUGGAAAUAAUCCAUGAACAAUCUCUAGUAGGAAGAGAAGAGUUUUAUUUGAGCCAAACUGGGGACUAGAGCCCAGGAGACAGCUCUCAGAUGACGGGACCUGCUCUGGAGACGCAGGGUUUCCAGCACAGUUUUGUAUCUUGUCAGAACACGAACAUUAAAGAAGUCAGGGAUACAUUCCCACAAGAUGUUGAUAAAACCAGACCAGCAGGACACAGGGAGUCAGCCCGGCCCGGCCCCCGGGAGGGGGUCGUCACAGAAGGAGGGCCCGCGCAGGCGUCCCAGGGCGGGAGGGGCUUCCGCUCGGACGUUCUCUGCUUCUGGUCAGUGCGCCCUUUUCUUUAAUAAUUAAAGCAGAUGGACAAGGUAUGUUUAGGCCACACACAGGCUGUUCUAGCAUCAAAUUCAAGUUGUCCCCUGUGUAAGCCAGAGUGACGCCCCCAGACCUCUGCGGGUGAAUCUUCCUUCAUUAAAAGUAACCAGCAGACAGGCCGCAGGUCACUUUAAAACUCCUGGAGUAAACCUCUCAACAGGCAUGUGACGUGUACUGCAGCGCCCCCCUGAGACUGAGCUGGAAAACAUGCCAGCCGCCGGCCCUGUGGACAGAAUGCAGACCGCGUCUUUGCCGCUCAUGGAGGUCAUAUUUCCAAGUGUUGUUUGUGUGCUGGAGAAGAGAGUUGACUCUCUGUUCGCCUCUGUGAUGGGGUGAAUCGUGCUCCCCCCAAAAAGACACGCUGAAGCCCAAACCCCCAGGCCCUCAGAAGGUGACUGCACUUGGAGGUGGGGCCUUUACAGAGGCCACCAAGUUAAAAUGGGGUCAUUUGGGUGGCCCUGACCCCCUAUGACUGUGUCCUUAUAGAAAGGGGACGUUUGGGGGAGGGUACAGCUCAGCAGUGGAGCAUGUACUUAGCAUGCACAAGGUCCCAGUUCAAUCCCCAGCACCUCCACCAAGGAACAGACAAGCAAAGAAACCAGCCUAGCCCCCACCCCCAACCCCGGCUCAACAACAGCACCCGCUGGAAACCGUUCAGCCCCCGGUGUGUCCUGUCUGGGGCGGCCAUGAGCCCUCUUGCCUUCCUGAGCGCCGCCAAGUCUCUUCCAGGCGGUUCCAGGGACACCCGCCCUCAGGCUUGUCUCUGUCCCACAGGAAACGGCACGUCAGCAACCAGCCCUGCCCUGUGGACUGGCGCGCCCCCGCCAAACUGCACCAUGUCCUUCGAGGAGAGCAGGGUGUUCCUGGUGGCGGUGUACAGCGCCGUGUGCACGCUGGGUCUCCCGGCCAACUGCCUGACGGCGUGGCUGACGCUGCUGCAGGCGCUGCAGGGCAACGUGCUGGCCGUCUACCUCUUCUGCCUGGCACUCUGCGAGCUGCUCUACAUCGGCACCCUGCCGCUCUGGGUCAUCUACGUCCAGAGGCAGCACCGCUGGACCCUGGGCCCCUGGGCCUGCAAGGUGACCGCCUACAUCUUCUUCUGCAACCUCUACGUCAGCAUCCUCUUCCUGUGCUGUGUCUCCUGCGACCGCUUCGUAGCAGUGGUGUACGCGCUGGAGAGCCGGGGCCGCCGCCACCAGAAGACCGCCGUGCUGGUCUCAGCCUCCAUCUUCAUCCUUGUCGGGCUCGUCCAUUACCCGGUGUUUCAAAUGGAGGACAAUGACACCUGCUUCGAGACGCUGCCAAUGAACCGCAGGGUGGCAGUGUACUACUACGCGAGGUUCACGGCAGGCUUUGCCGCCCCCAUGUCCAUCAUCACCUUCACCAACCAGCGUAUCUUCCGGAGCACCAAGCUGAGCACUGGCCUGAGCGCCACCCAGAAGGCCAAGGUGAAGCAGCUGGCCAUCGCGGUCGUGGCCAUCUUCCUGUUCUGCUUCGCUCCCUAUCACCUGGUGCUCCUGGCCAAAGCCGUCGCCUUCUCCUACUACAGGGGAGAUGCCGACUCUGUGUGUGCCUUCGAAGCCAGACUGUACACCACCUCCAUGGUGUUCCUGGGCCUGGCCACGGUCAACAGCGUGGCCGACCCCAUCAUCUACAUGCUGGCCACGGGACUUUCGCGCCAAGAAUUGUGCAGAAUCCAUAAGGAGUGGAAAAAGUUGUCCACAAAGGCGGACGUCACCAAGCUCACGUGUUCCAAGGACUCGGAGGAGGUGCAGCUGCCCACGCCACUCACAGAUGGCUGCACACUCCCCGGGCCUGUCCACGUGCCCGGGCCACGGCUGGGUGCCCUGGAGAGGCUGACCGAGGACACGUGCUGAGCUCAGCCUGCCGCAGGGCAGGACACCGGCACCAUGACUUCUCUGCCACUGAGCCCGCCAGCCAGUGUCCACGGCGCCAGCUGUGGAGCCCCGUCCAGAUGACACACCACCAAUUUCUCAUGCUUGGAGCCUGCCCCUUGGGGGUCCCGGUCUCCCAGGCGUCCCCACUGGGUACAGAAACCCCAUGAGAAGGUGGCGGCACACCAGAGUGAGGGCGCCUUCCAGGCUGCGGGAGAGCGCGCGGCAGGCAGGAGGGCGUGCUCUGGCCGGCUCUCGGCUAUUAGCAAACAGCAGGGCCGCUGGCAGUGGCCGUGUGCCUGUCUGGGGCUGCUGGCAGCUGGCCCAGCCGUGCACGGGGAGGUGCCUGUCAGCCCCCAAGUGAUCACUUUAUUGUCUGUGCUUUUCUGCAGGCGUCGCCUGAAUGGCUUGGAAGGGAGAUGGCGGGGCCUCUGUGCUUCUGCCUCAGAACCUUCGUGCAGGCAGGCCUGGUCACCAGGGGCCAGGAGCCCAGCCCCGAGGGCCCUCGGCUGCGGCUGAUGCUGCACUGGGCUGCAGACGCUCAGGGGAGCUGCGGGGCGGGUGCAGCCCACGCGUCCUGCAGGGAGCCCAGGUACCCUGUCAGGGACACCGUCAGCCAGGUGUCCGCUGUGCACCCCAGGAAGGGUGAUGUGUUGCCACCGGGCUUGGAGAAUGGCUGCGAUUUCUUCUCAUCAAGGCUUCCCGGCUUGGUUGUCCGGGGAGAAGCUGGUUGCGGGUUCGGGCCAGUCCAGCCCCUCACCAAGGCACCGAUGGAGCACGGACGGAGCACAGAACUGGGUGCUCGGGGAGACAGUGGGCUCCCGGGAACCUGCACAGCUGAGUGAGAUCCGGGUCCUGCCCCAACCAGCCCCAUCGGGCCAGGUCACACGGCCGCCUCGGUUUCCCCAUCUGUGACAGGGCCAGCGACCCUGCCCUUAGUGGUGGGGUCGGGUCAGGUGGGGGCUGACCCACUAGCUCUGCCUCAGGCACGCCCCCCGUGCCCGCAGCACAGCGGCCCGGAACCGCCUGGAUGGACCGGGGCUCUCGGCUCCCUGGGCAGCCGCAGAGUGGCCUUCUUCACGGGAGAGACUGAGAAGAUACGCGGUUUAGAAAACACGUUUAGAAAUAAAAAUAUGAAACAAC